UGGUGGACACGUCCGCACACUAAGAGAAAAAGGUGCAGGCAGCGAAGCCGCCCUCCUAUCUAUCUCUCCCCCCACGAAAUGAAAAUCCUCUUUACCUGCGCCGGGAUUCUCGUCUCCCUCUCCUAGCACACACCCCAUUCUCUCCCUCUCUUUCACAGCUAGGGGGUCUUUUGAUUUCUGCCGCACUUGAGCUGCGUGAGCAUUCUUUUUCUAUCUUUGAUUGAGUUGGAAUUGGAGGUAUUCUAGAGGUGGGCCGCGAUCCUGGAUAAGGAAUACUUUGGUGGUGUUUGGGAAAAUGAUGUCCACUAAGAGCGACCGCAUGGUCCCUCUUGCAGUGCUGCUGAAGCGCGAGCUGACUAGUGAGAAGGUUGAGAACCCGGACAUCCUUCACGGGCAGGCUAACCAGAGCAAGAAAGGCGAGGACUUCACAUUACUGAAGAUGGAAUGCGAGAGGGUGCCUGGAGAUGGAAGUACUACGUUCUCGGUUUUUGGGCUAUUUGAUGGACACAAUGGGUCUGCCGCUGCCAUAUACACUAAAGAGAAUCUCUUAGACAAUGUUUUGGGUGCCAUUCCUUCAGAUCUUAGCAGGGAUGAGUGGCUUGCAGCAUUACCAAGGGCUUUGGUUGCAGGGUUCGUUAAAACAGAUAAAGAUUUUCAAGACAAAGCGCAAUGUUCAGGAACAACUGUCACCUUUGUGAUAAUAGAUGGAUGGGUUGUAACCGUAGCAUCAGUUGGUGAUUCACUAUGCGUACUCGAAUCUGCUGAAGGCGCAGUUUAUUCUUUAUCAGCUGAUCAUAGGUUGGAAGCCAAUGAAGAAGAGAGGGACCGGAUAACUGCAAGUGGGGGUGAGGUCGGUAGACUAAAUAUUGUCGGUGGUGCAGAGAUUGGCCCUCUGAGAUGUUGGCCAGGAGGCUUGUGCCUUUCAAGAUCUAUCGGAGAUAUGGAUGUUGGCGAAUUCAUUGUUCCUAUCCCCCAUGUAAAGCAAGUGAAGCUGUCUACUGCUGGAGGUCGACUUAUCAUCUCAAGUGAUGGGGUUUGGGAUGCAGUGACUCCUGAAAUGGCAGUAAACUGUUGCCGUGGGUUGCCGGCAGAUGUCGCAGCUGCUCAAAUUGUCAAAGAAGCUUUGCAGCACAAGGGACUUCGAGAUGAUACCACCUGCAUUGUGGUAGAUAUAUUGCCACCAGAGAAGAUAACCCCUCCCGUUCCAGCACCAAAGAAGCAGGGAAAGGGUGUGUUCAAAUCAAUGUUUCGGAAAAAGUGUUCCGAAUCUUCAUCUAGUUCAGAUAGAGAAUUUUGUGACCCAGACAUGGUGGAAGAAAUAUUUGAAGAAGGAUCUGCUGUGCUUGCCAAAAGGUUAGAAAUAGAGUAUCCAUUGUCCAACAUGUUCAAGCUGUUCAUAUGUGCGGUUUGUCAGGCAGAGAUGAAAUCCGGAGAAGGCAUUUCAGUGCACGCUGGUUCAUCACGUCCUGGAAGAUUGCGUCCCUGGGACGGUCCUUUCCUCUGCUUAAGCUGCCAAGCAAAGAAAGAAGCCAUGGAAGGGAAAAGGCCACAAGGGUUUCUAUCCGCAAUGGUGCCACCAUUUGCAUGAUUUGGAUCAUCAAAGCGGUGUAGCAAAUGCUCAACAGAAUAAUGUAUACUUAUCUUAUCCAAUCUUGGGAUGUGCAGACCUGUAGAUUUCACUUUUACUUCUCAUUCUAAAUCCAGAUGCUGCAUCGAGACACAGUAGUGGAAGUGAGUAGCCUUUUCCAUCAGUGGCGUCAUCAUGAUCUCACAUGUAUCUUGGCACUAACUUAAGUUUCAGAGCUGAGCACUAUGGGAAAUUCAAGGCUCAUCUCAUCGUCCCUGUUCACAAAUGGCCGGUUUGAGCAUUGUGAACCCAUUCUGACAUUCUAAUCCAAGGCCAAAUCAGGCAGAACCACAUCUACCCAUUUGCCCAUUUGCAGAUCUCUUCUUGUUUCCUGCUUCGAGUCAAAAGACCAGAGUCGGAGCUUGGUUCAAUCCAAAAGCUGCAUUCUUUGGGGGAGAGUGAUGCAUCCGUUUUCCAUUGCAAGGAUUUGUGGGGCCAGAGAAGUCUGUAGAUAACUACUACUCUUCACUGGCUGUGCUGCCAUUUUACACAGAUCAUUUAUGUGGAGGUACAGUUGAAAGCAGCGUCCAUUGAUUGUAAUAUUUCCAAUAUGAAAAAUGUGGGGGGUAAUUUGUUGGUUUGUCAUGAAAAAAGGGGAGGCGGAAGCUUGAAUCCCGGAUUGCAGCAAACUUGCUGAACUGUCCAUGUCAUUUUUUAUUUAAAAUUUUUUUUUUU